UAUUCCCUGUCUUCUCCUAUAAUUGUGUAAGAGUAAGAAUUUGAGUUGAUGUAGGACACUUUUCACAGCUGACUAUCGAGAAUCAACCUCUACCCAUUAAUUUUCUUUGCCUCUUCUUGAUUCUCCCUUCUAACUGCAACCGCCAUGGCACAUCAGUCUGACAAAACCACUCAACUCCCUCUCCUGCAAUCCUCUGGCUUUUCAGGAACCGCCUCCACCUUCCAAACCCUUGGCAACAUCAUCGUUUCAAUCGUCGGCACUGGCGUUUUAGGCCUCCCUUUUGCCUUUAAAGUGGCUGGCUGGGCUGCUGGAUCUCUCGGGGUCAUCAUUACGGGGCUCGCCACUUAUUAUUGCAUGCUUCUUCUCGUCCAAUGCAGGGACAAAUUAGCAUCAGAGAAAGAAUCAACAGAGGCAGCAACAUAUGGGGAUUUGGGAUUCAAGUGCAUGGGAACAACAGGGAGAUAUUUAACCGAGUUCUUGAUUAUCAUUGCCCAAUGUGGAGGCUCUGUUGCUUAUCUAAUCUUCAUUGGCCAAAACCUCUCAUCAAUAUUCAGAAGCCACAAUCUGACAUCAUCCUCCUUCAUAUUCCUAGUAAUCCCUCUUCAAAUUGUUCUUUCAUGGAUCAAUUCUCUGUCAGCUCUUUCACCUUUCAGUAUUUUUGCCGAUAUCUGCAAUUUGUUAGCCAUGGCUCUAGUGGUCAAACAAGAUGUGCAAAUAAUUGCUGGGGAAGAUUUUUCUUUUGCUGACAGGCAGGCCAUUACUUCUCAUAUUGGAGGGCUGCCAUUUGCCGGAGGCAUGGCUGUGUUUUGUUUUGAAGGGUUUGGGAUGACUUUGGCUUUAGAGUCAUCAAUGAAAGAGAGAGGCAGAUUUUCCAAACUGUUGGCUCAGACUUUCACUGGGAUAACUCUUGUGUAUACUUUAUUUGGUUUUUUUGGUUACAUCGCUUAUGGUGACCAGACUAAGGAUAUUGUCACUCUCAAUCUGGCCCACAAUUGGUCUUCCAUUGCAGUCCAGAUGGGGUUGUGCUUGGGGCUAAUAUUUACAUUCCCAGUCAUGGUACAUCCAAUAAAUGAGAUAGUAGAACAGAAGCUGAAGAAAAGCACAUGGUUUCAGAAGCUGGCUAGUAGUGGCUGUGACAAUUCAAUGACAAAAUUAGCACAGUGUUGCAUUUAUAUCAGCAGGGCAAUCUUGGUCUUAGGGUUGGCAACUUUGGCCUCAUAUGUGCCUGGAUUUGGAGCUUUUGUGUCACUUGUGGGAAGCACAGUUUGUGCCCUAAUGUCUUUUGUUUUGCCUGCCUCAUUUCACCUGAAAUUGUUAGGUCCAUCUUUGAGUUGCUGGCAGAAGGCCUUGGAUGUUUUCAUAUUAUGUUUUGGUUUGGUUUUUGCUGUUUAUGGAACAUAUAAUUCCAUUGUUGGAGUUUGAAACAAUCUAUAGUUACAAUU